AUGGCUGGCUUCGCAGUGGUGGUUGGCUACGGGCUAUACAGACUGAAGCACAGGGGCGAAAUGAAAAUGUCACUUCACCUGAUUCACAUGCGC